UUGCUAGCUAGCUAGCGACCGCUGCAUAUAUCGAUCACCGGCCAAUUUGUUUCUUCAAUUGCGAAAUCAUCUUUUUUCCUGGUAAUUGGGAAUAUUUUGAGAUCAGAGAUUGACAAACAACAAAAACUCCAGCAGUAUUGAUAGUCGAUUACUCAAGUCAAGCUACUAGUUAGCUUCUGAUAUUGAUCGUAAAGUAUGGUGAUCAUUACUGAGUUAACGCACUCUAGCCACCCAGACCACGUGCUAAAGUUGACAAAUCGCAUCGAAACACCUUAUAAAUGUGAUGGUUGUAAAGAACAAGGGUUUCAUCCUUGUUACCAGUGUCACGAAAAUGGGUGUGACUUUCAUCUUCAUGAGCACUGCGCUAAGGCUGAUCACAGCGCACCCAUCACCCACGCAUUUUUCGACAACAUACGGUUCAUAUUUCAUAAUAAUUUUCGUCCACAAAGUCGUAUUAGUUUGAGUUUCUGUGUUGCGUGCGGGAAGAGCGUCCAAGGGUUCAAGUACCAAUCAUUCUGUGGUAAAGCACACGUAAUACAUCCUUGCUGUUUGAAUCUUCCGCUCGCUUUGUCAGCUCCUCAAGGUGAUCAGGAGGUGAAAUUGAGGCUACUUAAGAAGUCCAAAUACUGGCCCACCUCAAAGUGUCUAAGAUGCCAAAACAGGAAGAUCUCAAAAGAUAUCCAUGGCUGGGUUUAUGUCUCCACCAGUGGCGAUUUCUGUUACCACGUGGCGUGCGUUCAGGACUUGAUUCUGGAUAGAUGGAAGACCGAUCAACUCCAAUAUCCAAAUGGCGAUCCGGGAAGGCAAACCUUACAAUUGGCAAUUGAGCACAAUAACUUACCUCAAAGGAAGGUUCGCAAGAUACAAUGGGUGGUGAUAAAAGUGGCUCUUCAUCUCCUUAUUGGUGCAAUCUUUGGAGAAGCAAUAGGUGGGAUCAUUGAUCUUAUUUUCUAGCUUUUAUUCUCGAUCAAUUUAUAACUAGACCCGGAAAUAGAGAAUUAAGUACUCUCAGCGGGCAAUCCCAUUAUGCAUGCAUGUACGUUCUAGUCAUCUACGUAUAUGAAUUACCAACUUUUCUUUGUAUCUAGUCAUCUACAUACGCGUGUACAUGACGU